UUUUUAAAUGAUUCCUCUGCAUGUCAGACAUGGCAUAGGGGUGGCCGUGGCAGUGCUGGACUCCAUGAUCUUACAGGGACUUUCUAACCUUAACGGUUCCAUGAUUUUGAGCCUUAACAAACUGUUAAAACUCCAGAAAACCACACAGAUUGCAACCAUCUCCUUCUUUCCAUAUUCCUCCUCCACGCCAUCACCUCUCAGCACUGUUAAGGCCAGCUACCUUCCAGCACCAAUAUUAAGACCAUGAAGAUCCCAUGGUAGGACUCAUCUGUGUUGUUUGCACAGUUCUGAGCACAGCAGGUGCCUACUGCAUGAGUAUUACAUCUGCCACAACUUACUACGCCUAUUGAAUUUUCCCUACUGCCCUUUAAAGAUUAAAGUAAUUUGGAAAAAGGCUAUUUAUGCAGAAAUCAGAGCAUUUGCACAGCAAGUCAGACUGCAAUAGAUAUACCAGGCAAUUUCCCCAUGUAAAUAAGUCCUCCUUGGAGAACCCUGACAAAACCUCCUCCUCGUAUGUACACAUUUUUGGGGGUCAGUGGGAUGAGAGAAGGCCAGGAAAAUGGAAGUUUGGAGCAGUUUGAGUACUUCUGGGCAACUUCUGGGCAAAGAAAAAUGGACUUACUGUGCAAAGCUGCUGGCAAAACCUGGUCUUAAACAAAUAAUAUAGUCACUUUGGGAAUUUGGGAUUGUGUAUAGAGGGUUCUUUGCAGUUCACACAGGACCUUUUGUGACUUGUGUAUAUGAAUGCAAUCAGCACAGGGACACAGACAUAAAAAAAUUAUCCUAUAUAAAUAGCUGUCCUGAAAAUAGACCAUAAGGAAACUGUUCUGAGUCUCUUGAUCCAGGGACUAAAGCAUUUAUUCUCUUCUUUCCUUUCACCUGAAACCCACAAUUAAACCAAAUGAAAAAAAUUACAUGAGUACUUUUGCAACCUGCAUCCAUUUUUUUUCAGAGCCUAUAGCUGACAGAUGUCUUAAAUUCAGACUCAUGAGGCCUUAUCUUCAGAAGCCAGUUGUGCUUUUCUUUCUUACAGGGUUUUUAUCUUAAUCUGUAUCUUCAAGUUUUUUCUUUUCCCUUCAUUUUCCUUCUCUUUCUUUCUAUUUUUUUUCCUUUGUCCAUUUUUUUGUGGUUUUUGUUUUGUUUUGUUUUGUUUUUCCCCUUCAUUUUUCCUUCUUUUUCCUUUGUCUUUUCCCCCUCAUUUUCAUUUUUCCGUUUCUUUUUCCUUUUUAUUAAUCUCUUUUUAAUUUUUAAAUUUUUGCUUUUAUUCUUUUGAUUUUCUCUUUUCCUUUUUUUCUUCCCCCCCUUUCUUUUUCCUUUUCUGUUUUCUUUUAACUUUUAAACUUUAUUUUUCUUUUCUCUUGUCAUUUUCCUUUUUCUUUCUCUUUUUCAUUUUUUACCUUCCCUCUUUUCUUGUAUACUUUUUUCCCUUUCCUUCUUUUUCUUUUCUCCUUAUCCCUUUUUCUAUUACCUUUCCUUUUUUUCCUCCCUUCCUUUCCUUCUUUUUCCUUCUUUUUAUAUUUCUCUUUCGCUAGCAGGCGAAAGAUCACCAAGCCUCCAACCCCGAGACCGGCCUGAAAGCAAAAACCAGAGCUCAACAUCUGCUCUUUCCAGCGAUUACAGCCAGAUGUGAGGAGAGGCUGUGGAACCUGCAGGCAGCCGGCAGGACGUGCUGAGGUACGACCUGAGCGGGGGCUCCUUGUCCUCGCAGGAGAGCCAGGUCUCGCCGACAGAGCGUGACAAGUGUCCUUGUCCCUUUUCCGGGGCAGCCGGCGGUCACAGCUCCGGGCGCGGAGCACCCCCGGGAGCGCUCGCGUUCCGGGGAAAACGCCAGCUCGCUAAUUUCAAUUAGCAAUUGAUCAUUGCUAAUCAUUAACCGCUCAUCACAAUAACACCCUUGAGUCCCACAGCGUCCCCGCCAUCCCCGAGCCCCCCCGGCGCUGGCCCGCUCCCGUUCCCGAGGGGCUGCACCGGGAUGGGGAGGGGGAUACGCGGAGCCUGGCGGGGCCCUGCCCGCGGGGGCAUCCGCGGGGCGCGGAGCCUUUUGUUAUGCUAAUCCGAGCUGACAUCACUCCGCAUAUCAAAGCCGAGGGGCCGCAUAUAAGGCGGCUCCGGGGGCCGCCCCGCCAGAGCUGCCCCGGUCCCCGCGCAGCCCGGCCCGGGCGGAGGCUGUUCAUCUCCAAGAAAGAGCAAUACGCAAACGGAAGGGAAAUACAUUGCACAAAAUAUUAAGAAAACUCCUUUUAAAAAAAUUCUUUGGAGAAGCUGAUUUCCUUUGGCUAGCAGGAGAAAGUGGAGAAAAUGAAGCCAAGUCUGCCAUUUUUCUUAGCUGGUUUUCUGUUGCUGAUUCUGCAGACAGAGCUUUGCUAUGGGAUAAAAUGGAUAGCUCUGUCCAAGACUCCUUUGGCUUUGGCUCUGAAUCAAACCCAGCACUGCAAGCAGCUUGAAGGUUUGGUGGUUUCUCAGGUGCAGCUGUGCCGCAGCAACCUGGAGCUAAUGCAGACCAUCAUUCAGGCAGCUCAGGAAGUGAUAAAGACCUGCCGGAAAACCUUUUCAGACAUGCGGUGGAACUGCUCUUCAAUAGAGCUGGCUCCUAACUACCUGCUGGACUUAGAGAGAGGCACAAGGGAGUCAGCAUUUGUGUAUGCCCUCUCUGCUGCUGCCAUCAGCCACACCAUUGCCAGAGCCUGCACCACCGGGGACCUCCCUGGCUGUUCCUGUGGUCCCAUCCCAGGUGAGACACCUGGACCUGGGUAUCGAUGGGGAGGAUGUGCAGACAACCUCAACUAUGGUCUUAUCAUGGGGUCCAAAUUUUCAGAUGCUCCCAUGAAGAUGAAAAAAUCAGGAUCACAAGCCAAUAAACUGAUGCAUCUGCACAACAGUGAAGUAGGGAGACAGGUCUUGAAAGCCUCUCUUGAAAUGAAAUGCAAGUGCCAUGGAGUUUCUGGGUCAUGCUCUAUCAAGACCUGUUGGAAAGGCCUUCAAGAACUGCGAGACAUUGCACUGGACCUCAAAACCAAGUAUUUGUCUGCCACCAAGGUUGUUCACCGGCCCAUGGGCACACGCAAAUACCUCGUGCCAAAGGAUAUUGAUAUCAGGCCAGUUAAGGAGACAGAGCUGAUUUACCUGCAGAGCUCACCCGAUUUCUGCAUGAAGAAUGAGAAAGUGGGGUCACAUGGGACCCAGGACAGACAAUGCAACAAGACUUCCAAUGGCAGUGACAGCUGUGACCUGAUGUGCUGUGGCAGAGGCUACAACCCCUACAUGGACAGAGUGGUGGAGCGCUGCCACUGCAAAUAUCACUGGUGCUGCUACGUGACCUGUAAAAAGUGCGAGAGGACUGUCGAGAGAUAUGUGUGCAAAUGAAAACUCUCCUCUGCCCACCUGCGAGCUGAGACGGCAGUGGCACCCCAGCACUACUCAGAGAAAACAUUUCCUUGAGUAGACAUCAUUUAUCUUGUAAAGACACAGACUUGAGGAGAGGUGGUAGGAGGAAAAGCAACAAUCAUCCCAGUAAAAAUAAGAAUGUAAAAAACCUCCCACAAAGAGACAAACCCACAAAUGUUUCCCCUCACCAAUAAAAUACUCUCUGAGAAGACAAAACCUCAUUUGGGAUGGUAUCUUCUUCCAAAAUUUUUCCGAUGGUUGCCAAUGAUGUCCAGCCAUCCAGUGCCUUAGUAUUCUGAGAAAUAAAUAUAGAAACUUUCCCUUGGGGGAAAAAAGAGCAACAUUUGUUUGACAGUAAGUAAGGCUCACACCUGCCUAUGCCUUCUAGCACAGGUACUGAGUCUCCAUUAGGACCAUCUCAGAUGGGAAAAUGCUACAACUUUUCAGCAAUAACUGCUUUUGUUGCCAAAGACUUAAUUUUUAGCAGGGAAUCAUCCACUCUGAGUGACAAAAGUGAAGAUUUCAGGUCAAUCCCCUGGAAUGAACAACUAAUUUUAAUCUUUCUUUUUCACAGGUCUGCAACUUUGAACUUAUUGCUGAACGAAAAUAUGUCCUUAAUUUGUCCAGGCUGGACAAAAUUCAGCCAGAAAAAAAAUCCCCUGGAACCUUGGAAGCAGGGAGAGUAGGAUAGGCUGAGAAGGACUUUAUGGGGGACUUGUCCACAAGACAGUAGUGGAGCCAUUAGGAUAAAAUAACAAAGUGAAGUCCAAGUCCAGUGGGACAGUAAAGAAAAAAAUGCAAGCUCCUGCUCUCUCUUUGCCCUUUGGGUGUGAUACCCUUAGUCACUGACAUUCUUUCACAUUGACCCAUCAAGGCCUAGGGGAAAUAUCCCACUGGCUUUUUCCCCCCCAAAACUAAUGGUCCAACCUCAGGAAACUGCAGUGAGUGAAGUGGUCCUGGCUGUAGGGAGUACAGCCAUGGAAGUCAGCAGUUAUUCCCAGCAGGAAGGAAUGGGAACAUGCCAAUCCUUCACGUGGCCCUGCCCUGAUGCAGCAAAGAACCACUACCUGUGGCUGUACAUAUUUUCUUUUAUAUGCACAUAUACAGAAAUAUUUAUAUCUUAUGCUUUCAUCUACAUUACUUCCUACAUAAAUAUAUCCUUAUAUUAUAAGCAAGCAUUAACAGUAGUAUGAAAUAAAUGCUGAAUUUACUGAUGCAACAGCAAAAUGUUAGAAUAUUGUUUCACUCUUCUACUUGUAAAGCAACUCUGAUUUUCCUCCCAAGAAUGGGAAAAGAGCAUGGUUUGAGGCACUCACUGGUGUAGGAAAGAUAAGUUUCUUUAUUCCUUGCCUGCCCAGCCUCUUAAUUUUGAGCAGAAUUAGCCAAGAUAGAGUCAAGACAAUGAAACAGAACACUUGGAGAAAGGAAGAGUCACCAUUGCUGUUUUGGUUUUCUUCAUCAGCGAUCACUCUCAUUGGUAAAAAUUCCUAGUGUGCCUGAGGAGCUUAACAACAACCAUGGUUCAUAUCUCUCAUGUCAUGAGUAGUUGGCUUCUGGUUCCUGGAGAGGAGUUGUUGUGCUGGAGGUUUUAACAUAGCCUAGGCUCCCUUACUGGCUUUGUUGGUUUUUGUUUGUUGUUGUUUGUUGUUUUCGUUGGUUGGUUUUGUUUGCUGAUUUGCUUGGGGCUUUUGUUUUGUUGGUUUUUGGUUUUUUGUGGGUUUUGUUGGGUUUUUUUUUUUUUUGUUGGUUGGUUGGUUGGUUUGGGGUUUUGAGGGAGUUGUUUUUUUUUUUUUUUUUACUGGCUGUCCAGCCCUGUGUACUGAUUAUCAAAGGUGAUGUUGGAGAAGGAUGCUGUUCCAGGAAAAGAAGACAGCAGAGCUUCUGAUGUUUUUCAGAUCAUUCUUGGGCACCCCAACUCCAUGCAUAAUGCUGUGGACAGCCCAAAAAAAUCACUCCUACACAAAUGUAGAGGGACUGUGUCACUUUCCUAGGGGGAAAUAUGUCACUAACACAACAAUCUCUCUCCUAAUCCCCUUUUUUCCCCCACUCAGCCACUCCCUAGGGGGCAACUGCUUCUGAUAUGUCUGUGAGCAGCCCUUGGGAGGUGGAGGAGAAAAGCAUCAUGUGCUAUAAGAGCAAAAUUAGAGGUAUUUUGUUCUCUUCAGCUACUUUGCUUUGCUGUAAUGGGUUUGGUCUCCUUGCCUCCUUCCCUCCCCCAGUCAUGAGCAGGCAAAAAAAGAUCUUUCAUAGUUUGUCAGUGGUUUGUGUUAUUGUCACCCCAUAAAAGCUGAUGAACUAAAACUUCUGCGGUGUGGUGUGAUGAGUGGUGGAUGUCUUUAGGCUGACAUGCAGACAAGCUGGUGGCACAAAUCCCACUGCUCUCCAUUGCCAGAAUUUGGCUUAAUUUGAUAUGUAAAGAAACGGCCUAUUCUCAUUCUUUUAAGGAAUUUUAUUUUUAUUUCCAUUUUCUAAUGAAGCCAACAAGGCAUGGAUGUUCCGACUAAAGAAAAAUCUGAGCAUUUUGAUGCCAUUCUGUAAUGACUCUUUUUCUUGCUCCCUUGCUGAUGUCAUGAGUCUUUCUGCUUGGUGAAAAAAUAGUAAAAAGGAAGAAACGGUCUAUACAUUCCUGUUUUCAGCUGCAUUUCAUUCCUCCCAUGUCAGACCUGUGAUCCUUGAUUGGCUUUCUCCUGUCAGAAGAAAUCAUCCCCUGAAAUUAAAAGAAGUGAGUAAACCAAUCAGGCAUCUGCAGGUCCAUCAGGUGAGAAAGAAACCCACAGUAGAAUUUGAGCUAUGGUGGUAACUCACACUUUGUCAUCUCAUACCACAGAUGUCUGUUACUGAAGUGGCUGAAUUGUUUGGAGUUUUGCAGUUUGGGGCAUCCAUGUUCAAAAUCCCUGCUGGCUUCUCUAGAUAAUCCAUCAUGGGCUCCAUCUGAACUUUGCUUCUUUGAAAAAAGAGUCUGUGUGGCCCCAGCCCAUGUCUUAGGCUGUUAGUCUAUGAAUUAAUAGUGUUACACUGCUUUUGCCAUAACUUCUAAAUUUCAGGGCCCUUUUCUUCACUGGAGCAGCUGCACAGUGUAUCAGCAGUGUGCCCAGGGUGAUGUUCCCUCCUGAGGGGAGAGUCAUGCACAGGGCAUGGUCUGAUGAACUGCAGUCUCCCUUGUUACACAGGCUUGCUUCCUCCAGCAAACUGGGGUCAUCUCAUCAGUUUGACGGCUUUAAGCUGAAAUAGGGAAGGUUUAGGUUAGAUGUUAGGAAGAAAUUUCUCCCUGUGAGGUUGGUGAGGCCCUGGCACAGACUGGCCAGAGAAGCUGUGGCUGCCCCAUCCCUGGAAAUGUCCAAGGUCAAGCUGGAUGGGGCUUGGAGCAGCCGGGUCUAGUGGAAGGUGUCCCUGCCCAUGGCAGGGGGUGGAGCAAGAUGAGCUUCUAAGAUCUCUUCCACCCCAAACCAUUCUGUGAUUCUAUGAUCUCUGUCUGGAUGCUCUGGCAUUUCCAAUUUUUUUUUUCAGAAAAUGUCUUUCUAUGAGCAGUAGACAGUGCUUUCAGUUUUCCUUUCCUUUCAGUAGGAACUAGGAAUAAAAAGAGUACCAAUAACACAGGGCCAUAAUGGCAGAACCACUCAUAGUGCACCUUUCUCCUUGCAACCUGUCUCUGAUGCUUCACUCCUUGCAUCAGCAGCAAAGCGCAGAGAGGCCAGAAGAGAAAAGUGCCACAUCUCUCAAUUUCAAUUAUUGAUACAAUAGGGAUCCAAACCAGAAUGUCCAAGUUAUUUUUGCAAUCUAGAGGAAGGUGUCCCUGCCCAUGGCAGGGGGUUGUAACUGGAUGAUCUUCAAGGUCUAUUCCAACCCAAACCAUUCUGUGAUUUUAUAAUUUUUUGUGUAUCUGCCGUGUGAAAGAUAUUUGGGAGAACAUUUUUCACAAAACAGAUUUUGCAAGGAAAAUACAUCCCUCCUUCCCUUUUUCAGGUCUUCAGCACGCAGUUUUCAAGACUUUGCUCUGAAACACUGAGAUCCUUCAGCUACUGCAGAAAGUGGCUUUAAUUACUGUGAAUGUCUUUGUCAGGUGAUGCUGUAGUUCCCUUCUUAUAAUCUGUUUUACCACAUCCCAAUAGCUGAUAUAAUUUGGCCCAGCUCCAUGUAAUGCUACACAGUACUGUUGAUUUACACUGGCUGGCAAAAUACAUCUGAUUUAUUCCCACAAACACUAUUAUUCCACAGCCUUACACUAUUAGCUGUGAUGGAAACAGUCAAGCUAUCCUGAAGAGUAUUAUGCCUUGUAGUAUUUAUUAAUUUGAAAAAAAAUCUGUGAUUUAAUGAAACAGUUUGGGCUUAAUGUUAUUUUCAAAUCUGAUGUUUUAGAACCUGUAUACAUCUGGCUGGCUUUGUAUUUUUUGAUUAAUUCCCCCAUUCUUACCCCUCCCAGUUUUAUAUCAUUUAGGUUUCUCCAUAAGGUAGGCAAAUGCCAUUCAUUAUAAAAACUCCCAUCUGAUUGUGUAUUUUAUUCUACAAAAAUGGAAAGUAUCUUGAUUAUACUAAAGCAGGCAGCCCACAAUAUUUCACAUGCAGCUGGAAAAGUCCUUGGUGAGGGGAAGGGGAGUGAAAGAAGAAGAAAAAAUCUGAAUACAAUUAGCAGUGUCUCUGUCAGGAAAUUGAUAAAAGAGUCCCUGAGGGACCAUCCCCUUCCUGCUAGAAAAUAGAUCCCUGUAAACAACCAUUAUCAUCCUCCAAGUGAGAUAGACUUGUCCUGCCCAGCUCUGGGCUACCUGCUUUGGGGAAGGUGCUGGAAGGAGGCUCUGGAGGUACUUGGGAAUAUGGGGAACAAGAGGAAAAUCCAAGCCUGAGAUCAAGUGUUGUUAGACCUCCACCCCAUGACAAAGGAUUUGUCUUUCCCUGCAUCAGACAGGGGUUUGGGAAACACCAUUGUUUUGUUCCCAGGAGCAGAUAGGAGCUAUCACAACCAUGACUUUCUCCUCUGCAAGGGAGAUGGAGCAGAAAACAAGAUUUGGGAGAGGGGGAGAAAGAACAGGAAACUUAAAAUCCACCUGGGAUUAAUGACUUUAACAUGUACAACAUGUUUUGUUUUGUUUUCCUCUCAGGACCAGUUUCAUCAGUCAGACAGAGUUUGAUUAAAUAUCUCAGCAGACCUAUGGUUUAUUCAUCUAAAGCACAAAUUACCCCCUGUUCAUGGAAGCAGCAUUAGCUGUGUUUUCUAAUUGUGUGAGCAACAAUAAUAAUAAAAAAUAGUAACAAUAGAAUAUAUUGUGGAUUUUUUUUUUUACUUCCUCUUUUGUUGAGAAUAAGUGGACAGUAUUUUGUCUGUAUUGUAAAUUAAAUGAAACUUAAAUUUUAAAGAUCCUUUCUGGGCUGUGUGGAAAGUUUUCUCUUUUUUGUGCUUUUAAUUGGAAUUUUUCAAGGUAUUUACCAGCACCACAUUGGCUUGAAAUUUCUUUCAAGGCAGAAGAGGGCAUCAUGUAACUGCACAACUGCAGGAGGUGGGAUAUAAAGGGACAUGCUGCCAGGACUACAGAGCUCAGGAGAAAGCCCCCAGAUCCAUAACAGAGUGCCAGAACUCUUGUGCUGCUGCCUGUGUCAGGACGAGCUUCAGACCUAAAAAUUGUCAUUGGCUGACUCCCUCUGUGAAGUCUACCCACUCACAUGGCACAGCAACAGGGAUGGCUCACACAGUUAAGGCUAAGUGUUUUCCUGAAUUAGGGCCAAAGCGCUGAAAACCUUGGAUAAUCCAAUCUCAUAAAUGCCAGUUAUCAAUAGAUCUCUGUAAGUGUUAACUGCUGACAAAUGGGCUUUUAAAAAUAGAGACCCAUGUUGCUUUCAGGUUUUCUAAUUUGCUCAGUCUGGGAUGAGGUCUGUAGCGUUGCUCAGUGGUGAUGAUGAUGAACUGGAGAGAAGGUGGAAGUAUAAAAAUUAAGGUAAAGUUGGGUGAUCACAAUCCUGUGCUUGUCUGGAGAUCUAGUGUGUGUGACAGCAUAAUUUCAACAUCCUUGAGGAUUGGCUGCUUUCUCAAAAUUCAUGCAGUGUUUCAGAGGAAAGAGGGAUUUAAGAUCCAUUAUUCUAAGAGGCAUCCUUCUCCAUUGUUUCUCAGCCUAAAUUUCAAGUUUAAAAUUAUCCUAAA